AUGCUAUCAUCACGAACGUUCCGCCCGGCCUCGUCCAUCGCCCGACAAGGCGUCGCAUCGCAGCGUCUCUUCCACGCCAGCCGCCCUACCCUAGCCGUACACCACGUCAAAACUGCUGAGGAGUUCAAAAAAGUCGUCAAGGAGCAGGACAGAGUCAUCGUAGAUUGCUUCGCAACAUGGUGCGGCCCAUGCAAAGCCAUUGCUCCCAUCCUAGAAAAGUGCACCACACCAAUCUCCAAGAACCCGGCCUCUGAGGAAGCAGAGUUCAAGGACAAGGUCCACUUCGUCAAGUUCGACGUGGACGAGCUGCCCGAGUUGAGCCAGGAACUGGGAAUCCGCGCCAUGCCGACGUUCCUGUUCUACAAGAACGGCAACAAGGUCGAUGAGAUGAUUGGAGCAAACCCGCCUGUUUUGCUGCAGACUCUGAGGAAGCACAAUGUAUAG